AAGCUCGCUGCUCUAUUUACGCUCUUUAACUUCUCCCUAAACUGUACUUCCUACUGUAAACCCUAAUUCACUUUUCUUAAUUAGAACUUCAAAAUCUUCAAGAAUCACGUUCAAAAAAUCAUGCACACCAUAAUCCUUAUGAAUAUUCUGAUCUAGAUUACAUAAUAUUCUCAUUAAUUACCCAAUUCUCGUCGAUUCCAAGAAGCCUUAACCAAAGCCCUAAACUUUAAGCCUUGAACUUGGCUAUCAGUCAUGUCAAGAGUGCGCACUCGGGUAAUUAGGUCAUCGAGCCAUGGGGAGUUGGAAGUGUUCAACCAGAUCCGUCCCAUUGAGUAUGAGUCUUCGGUGGAGGUCAAGAAAAUUCCGGCUCUUGUCACCAAUAAUGUGAAGCCACAUGUGCGUGAGGAGCCGAAGCCUCAACCUCGCCGGGUUACAUGGACGUGGGGUUCGCCUGAGAGGGAUGAUUCGGUGUCCAAGAGCAGAAAGAAGAAGCAAGUUGAAGGCUUUUGUGCCUUUCUUGAAGAUUGCGCUUUGUGCAAGAAAAAGUUAAAGGAGAAUGUUGAUGUCUACAUGUAUGGAUAUCUAAGUGCAUUUUGCUCCCCUGAAUGCCGAGAUGAUCAAAUUGCUUUGGAUGGAUUUGAAAAAGAAGUUUCGAAAGAAUCAGCGAGAUUGGCAAUGAAUGCAAUGAUCUUGACAAAAGACACAUCAAGGCGAGUGUUGGGCGCAAAUAGAGUUAAAUAAUUGACCAAGAGUUCAUUGUUAAUCGAAGAAAUGCAGAGCUGUAAGGUUUUUGCAUUCAGCUUUGCUCUUUUGUACAAGUGGUUAUUGGUUUUUGUCCGUACAGAAAUUUUCUUGGCUAACAUGCCAGUGUGUUUUGAGCGAGUCCAAUUGUUUUGUAGAGGGAAAACUAAUGAUUAAUUUCUUUUUGGAAAGAAAAAUUUUCAAUUUAACAUUA